AGUAAACCUAGCAACCAUUUCAUCCCAUUCAACUUUUCAAACAUAAAUCUUUGAAGCUAAUCAAGGUUUGCUUGUCCACAAUCUAAAGCGAAGAUUUUGUCUGAAGAAAUUUUAAGAAAAAUGGCGUACAGAUUCAGAGAAAGAAAUUAUAUAAUUGAUCCUCAGCAACUUGGUUUUGACAACUCUGAUGAGGAAACCGCCAAUGACUCCCGUCAUUUUGAUCCUGAUUAUAAGAGGCCGAGACGACAAAGACGGCCUCGGCUAAAACCUGUUAGAAGGGCUGCAUCUCUCACUGGAGAAACAGGACUGACUGAGGUAGGAGAGGGCAGCUCCUCCAGCGUGAAUGCCAACUCUGUCCAGAGGAGGCGCCCUGGGCGCCCUCCAAAGAGAGGGGUCGUCGUUGAGCAAAACCUUGAGAGGAAUGUUAGGAGGAGGAGAAGGAGUUCCUUUUCUCGCAGGCCGGUUAACAGGGAACCAGCAAACAAGAUGACAAUAUUUUCCUGGAUGAUUAGUAGGGGAGUUGUAGAACUCAACCAGAAAGUCUGGUUCUUUGACUAUCGAAAUGAAGCUAGGUUGUUGGAAGGGAGAAUCAAACAUGGUGGAAUACUGUGCAACUGUUGUAAUGAGGAGGUGACCGCUUGGGAGUUUGAGGCCCAUGCUUUUCGUGGUUCUAAUGGCUUCCGCUUAUUGCAGCCAUACUACAACAUCUUCUUGCCAAAGACUCAAAACCAUCUGCUGCAUUGCAUGCUGUUGGCAUGGUUGAAACCAGAAGAGGUGGCACGGCAAGAACCUUAUUCCUUUCGUCCCUUGACAGGUGCCACGGACAGAAACGAUGAUGCCUGCAUCAUCUGUGCCGAUGGUGGGGACUUGAUUUGCUGUGAAAGAUGUCCCUCAACAUUUCACUUUCCUUGCAUGGGGAUGAAGGCCAUUCCUAAAGGGGACUGGCUCUGCCCUUUCUGUGUCUGCAAAUACUGUGAAAAUGGAGGAGGUGAAUUGCUGGACUGUACUCACUGUGAGAAAAAAUAUCAUUGGGAAUGUUUCAUGGUCAGGAAAGAGUUGGACCUGAAUUGUAAAGACUGUUCUUCAUUUUGCGGAAGUGAUUGUAGGGAGGUAUAUGGAGAAUUGCAGGCAAUGGUGGGAGUUAGCAAGGAUGUAGGAAAUGGCAUCUCAUGGACUCUACUGCAAAAAAGGGAUGUUCCCGACUACAUAUGCCUUAAUGAAGGACUUCACAUAACAGAGAUUAACUCCAAGAUAGCUGUGGCGUGGUCCCUCUUAAACGAGAUUUUUGUGACAAACAUGGACCGCCAUACCAGGAUCAACAUUUUAGAAAGUGUCGUGUACAAUCGCAAGUCGAAUUUGACCAGGCUUAAUUUUGGUGGCUUUUAUGUUGCUGUCCUUGAAAAGAAGGGGCAAAUAAUAUCUGCAGCAACUAUAAGGGUGCAUGGAAGGAGUUUGGCUGAAAUGCCAUUUAUAGGAACCCAAGAGGGUUACAGGAAGCAAGGCAUGUCGUGCAAGUUACUGGACAGAAUUGAAUCUACCCUAUGCUCUCUCAACAUACCAAAUCUACUAAUUCCAUCUGUCCCGGAACUAGUAGACAUGUGGACCCACAAGCACUUCUUUGCUCCAGUGGAAGAUGAUUUUAUGAAGGAGCUAAGGAAUGUCAACGUCCUGGCGUUCCCAAGCACAGUGAGAUUGCGGAAAAAAUUGCAUCCUAAAGAAGCUUCUGUGAACCAGGAAGGCAAUGCAAGUGUACCAGCACUUCCUGAUCUCAACUUGGAUCCUUCUGGAGAGAUGGACGAGUAACGGAUGCCGAUAAGACUCCACAGAGCUACAGUGAAUGUAUGGAGAAGUAAAGGAAGGAUGUCACCCGAGAUUUUUGGUGGUGGAGUAGUAGGAAGGGACUUGUGAUGACCAGCAGGAGUCCAUUGUCGAUCAUAAAAUGUCAGAUGAAGCUGAUUUAUGUUGUUGUUUUGUUAUUUGUCUGUUGUUUCUUUUAAUUUCUCUUAUGAGUACUCAUCAGAAACAUUUGCUGUGGUCCUAUGGAUGUUCUGCAGUUGAGACAGUAUUUUAGCCUG